CAAUUACCAGGAAUAAUUGCACUAUAUUAUGGAGACCGCUUUAUACCCCGACGUUGGUUUUCUGAAAGUCCUAGGAGAAAUUUAAAACUUACAACCAAAAUUAUGGAAAAAGACGUUCUUAAAGUGCGUUUCGCAGCCAACUAUUGGAGGCAGAACAGUUUGAAGAUUGCUAUAAAUAAAACUCUGCAGCUGCAAGAGGAACGAAUAUUGCAGCUCAGUGAUCAUGUAGAUAAAUGUGUAGAAAGGAAUGCGAAAUCUUUCCGCUGUCUCCGUGGAUAUUCAGAUGAAUUCGAUUGGCGUUGCAUUCCUCGUUCGAAGCCGCUGGCUUUUGCUGAAACCGCGCAUGAUUCACCCGGGUUUGAUUCAACUUUCGGGAAUUAG